AUGACUCCUGGCCCAACGCUGGUCGGACAGCUUGGAUUGCAGUUCAAAAUCGCCCAGGGAAAGUCGAGAUGCAGCGGUCAGGUUCAAACCACAAAUCUUCCGAAUACUGACGGGUCAUCCUUGAACCGUUCCAGGUCGACGUCCAGACUGCUGGAGCUACUAGAACUAUCGCUGUCCCAAAAGCCUUCACUGUCACUGUCAUCUUCAUCACCUUCCUCGUCGAAUUCCUCCGAGUCCGAAUCGGAUCCCGCGGGUUUCUUAGUUACCUUCUUUUCGACCGCAGCUGAUGAUGCCGUCGCUGAGCCCUAUAAAGUUUACCAAGUUGACAGAAGUUGGCGGUACACACUUUGGACUCGCAAUUCAGCAGAUCACUAUGCAGGAGGCAAAUUCAAAAUACGGGUUCUCAUCUAUCAGAUGCAGCCAGUGAAAUGUGACUUACGUCUUCAGUAA